GCGUGGAGAGGGAGAGGCGGGCGAGAAGAUAUAACAAGAGCGUCUGUCGAUGUGCGGCACUAUUUUCACUUGCAAACAUUUAGAAAGUGGCGCAAGGCUUCCAUUUAUUAUAGAGUCGCUGUUAACUUCAUACUCUUCAUAUUUUUCAUUUUAAUUCAGGAGCAAACCCGAAGAGUCACCAUCAAAUAACUCGCCUUUAAUUAUAAUUUCUGCGGACUGAGAGUUUGCUUACACUCCGCAGCCUGGUGGUGGUGGUGGUGUGAGUGUGCGUGGAGAUUUUGGAGCCGGAACGUGGAGUUGUCCAAUGCAAAAGUACAUGUAUGAAAAAGCCAUGGCCCAAGAGACAAGGAACGGUGGAACCUCCACGUUAAACAACAAUGGUGUUGACAACAGCAAGAGGAAGCUCCUUAUAGCACUGGACAUCUUCUGUCUUCUCCUUGCAAUGCUGCCCAGCCUGGUUCUGCAUCGUACUUCUAUUCGUCCAUACCAGAGGGGUUUUUACUGCGGUGACUCCAGUCUGAAGUACCCCUACAAGAACAGCACCGUGCCCUCCUCGGUGCUCACUUCGGUCGGGUUGACACUGCCCACGGUGUCCAUUGUGAUCGGAGAGUCCUACAGGAUUCACCAGCUGCACGAGGGGACUAAGUCCUUUGUGGGGAAUCCUUAUGUGGCAGCCUUCUACAAACAGAUAGGUGUGUUUAUCUUUGGCUGCGCCAUCAGCCAGUCCUUCACGGACAUCGCCAAGGUGUCGGUAGGUCGGAUGAGACCACACUUCCUGGACGUGUGCAAACCGGAUUUCUCCGCCAUCAACUGCUCACUGGGCUAUGUCACAGAGUACACCUGCAGCGGGAAGGACAGCGACGUGCAAGAGGCCAGGAAAUCCUUCUUCUCCGGACACGCCUCUUUCUCCAUGUUCACCAUGCUGUACUUGGCGUUCUAUAUCCAGUCCCGGUUCACGUGGCGUGGCGCCCGCCUCCUUCGCCCAUUGCUCCAGUUCACCUUGCUGAUGAUGGCAUUCUACACCGGCCUGUCGCGUGUCUCCGACCACAAGCAUCACCCCACCGAUGUCCUGGCGGGCUUCGUGCAGGGAGCCCUGGUGGCCUACUGCAUAGUGUUCUAUGUGUCUGACCUGUUCAAGCCAAGGGUCAAAGCAGCCACACCUCCUCCAUCACCCAUCAAGAAGGAGCUGCUGCCCUCAUCUGACAUCAUCGAACGGAACAACCACCACAACAUGGUGUGAGGGAGGUCAUGUCUCUUCCCCCACUUCCUCCUCCUGCGACCGGGCGGCCAAUCAUGACGCUGCCCUGUUUCCCAUUGAACAGUAGAAUGUAGCUGCCGCGCCCCCCCUCCUUAUUCUGGAUCGGGAUGUCCCUUUUGAGACAGCAGGGUCCGCUCAUAUUAUGUUAACUACUACUACUACUACUACAACAGUCUGAAUCUAAUUGGAAGCUAUUAUGAUGAGGAAAAUGACAGGCGGAGCUUGAAGGAGGUAAUCCAAAAAACACAUUCAUGAACAAGGAGAGACCUCCUGCAAAAGGAGAGAAGGAAUUGUAGUGAUGUUUACUCUCUGAAGUCUCUGUGGCCUUGGAGCGGUAACAACUUCCUUAGUGACAGGAAGGAUUUUACUACAGCUAAAUGUAAUUUAAAGCACUGUUAGUUUGUGUGUUUGCUUGUUUGAAAGGUCAUUGUCCAUGAUCACCACUCGCUGCCUGGGGCGCCUCCAAGCCACGAUGCGGUUUUUGAAUGUCACGCCAACUUUUCUGACGUCAGCUUCUCGGGCUUUCCUCCCAGCGCGCUCAGUGUAGCCCAAACACGGGAUGUUGCAUUUCUUAGAUUUAGAUCAAGUCAGGGUGGGUGUGGGUUCUCCAGGCACCUUACCUGUGGGGGGCAUGGCUGUGCCGUGCCUCUCUCUCUGUGUCUGGGGGACAAGGGGGAAGGAAGAGGAUGGGUGGAGCCAUAGUGCAUCACCAUGGAAACAGGGUGAGGAUUGCCACAUCAUGUUGGGAUGUUUGGGGCUCUUCCUGCUGGCAGGGAGGGGCUCCAACGCACCACGAUGGCUCUCAUUAGCAAGGUGUGCGUGUUGUCGUAGUGAAUAUGUGUGUACAGGUGUAUGAACAUUGUGCGCUGUGAGUCGGUUUUGUGUGGCAAAAAACCUGUGUAAGGUGUUGUGGUUCUAAAAACUGUGGAUCUAUAAUGUUUUUUUCCCCAUUGUUACAGCGCCCCCUUUCAGUCAUCACAUUGUUGCACAUCUUCAUCAUUGUAUAGUCCGUCCGAUCACUUCCCGACAUUAUAUCUUGUUGUUUUUAUAUAUAUAUAUAUAAAUAUAUAUAUAUGUAUAAAUAAUGUAUAGAUCACUAAAAAGUAACUGUGUACAUGUUUAGAUAUAUCCACUAUGAUUACAGACCUGUGUUCUUUACAAAGUGCUGCUUGAAAAGCAAUCAGCGGAAAGACUUUUGUAUCUAGAUGAGUCGACCAUUGUAGAUUGUCAUAGUAAGGUUUGUAAUACGCACCCAAUUUUAUUACAUCCCAUAUUAGUAUUUUUGUAUUGUCUUAUGUUUUUUGUACUGAAGAAAUAGCGACAAUGCUGUUUUUUCUGCAAAUUGUACCUAGCUCUACUACAUGUGCUUUGCAAUAAAAAGCUCAUUAAGAACACACAUUGGCUAGGAUUUC